GUGUUGUUCCACCGUUUUCUUAACCAAUUCUUUCCAUCCACAUUUGCUACCUCCACCGAUCGAUAUCUUCUCGAUUCUACUCAUUUUAGUGUUUUCCUUUCAUCUGAUUUUUUCUGCCCGCUUUUCUUUUGGAACAUUGAGUCAUCGAUGAUUCUGUUUCCACUCCGUUCUCGCACAUACUUCCCUCCUCCGACGUCGUUUUCAUCUCCGGUCUCGCACACCUUCUGAAGGUGGUUUUGAUUGGCUCCAUGGAUUUCAUUCGAUCUUUGAUUUCCUCUUUGUUCUUGCGUCUAUUGCACAGAACGAAGAGGGACACGGUAAGUUCCGACGAUGACGAUGUACCCUACCUCUGCAAUUGAUUCAACUUGAUGAUAUUAUUGGAGGAGAAGGGCGGCAGGACGCAAGGCGUCGGUGAAGACCAACACUAACAAUCUGAUACCCACACAUAUUUAGUUGUUGAACAACUUCUUCCUUUUUCCUCCUUCCACACAGUACAUGACCAAGGUACUUCUCCGUCCACUGUCAAUCUUCUACCCCUCCUUGAAGUUAGUCCCUCCACCGCCAAUACAGAGAUUGUGACGCCGGCGAGUCCACGUCCACCACAGAAGCAGGAGUCGAUGACACAGCAUCUGCCUCAACCUCCACCAGUUCGAUUGAAUCUUCCGUCGAUGUCUUUGUUGAUUCUUCUAUGGUCUUCAUGCCCUAAUAGUUUUAUGUCGAAUUGGCAGUGCGGCUACUCGAAUUUGCAUCUUCCGUAUUAAUUUCUAAGCGUUGGGAUUUUGCAUCCGUUGCUCGAACAUUAGGGCAUCUAUCAAAAAGUGCUUUAAGUCAUGAAGAUUGUUAACGACCUAAUGAAAUCUCCACAAAUGGCUGUCACAAUGCAAGAAUUCAACAAAGAAAUGAUCAAAGCAUGAGUGAUUGAAGAAAUGGUGAAUGAUGCUGUUGAUUUUGCAUUGGAUACAGAUGACAUGGAAGAUGAGAUUGAAGAAGAGGUUGAUAAGGUGUUAACCUCCAUAGCUGGUGAGAUCGCUGCUCAGCUUCCAGAAGCCGCCAGGAAGGGGCAGCUGAAGGAACCUGCCACCCUGGCUCAGGUGAAGAUCCAAGAGCUGCAGCCAUCUCGAUUUAAUUUAGUUCACCCGAGUGCUAUGCGGUACACAUCAGAUGAUGAAAUGAAAUUUUUCAAUCCAACUACAAUUUUGAAGGAGGUGCAAUCAAAACCACCAGUCUCUGAUUCCUUCCCAAAUUAUUUUCCUGCAAAGAGAAAUCUUGCUGCUAGGUUCAGGUAAACCCAAUAACAAUAGAUAUAAAUCAAAGGCCAAUAUCAUCAUAGUUCCACAACUAUAGCUGCAUUAUGAGAUUACUUUCGGGUUUGAAUGAUAGAUUCAGUUUACAUAUUUUACUGGCCUUCUAUUUUUUUUAUUCUCUUUUUUUUCAUUUGUAUGAUUCAUUUGUGGGCAAAGAAUGAUAUAUUCAGUUGACAUCUCUUAGAUUACAGGAAAUAUGUAUGUUUUAUCGCCUAAUUUUAUGGAAGGUUGACAUGUAUCAAGUUAUUUGCUUGCAAAACUGGCUUUGGAUGGCUUUAAUUUUGGAAUUACCUUGCUCAAGAAGAAGUAAUAUCUUCUCUUACAUAUAGGUGUGCGGGAGAAGGCUGAAGUAUAAAAACAUUUCCGAUUUUACCCUUGGGUUUGGAGCGACUUCAAGUGUUGCACAAUUUUCUUUUCACAUGCUAGAAUUUUGGGACUAUAGUUAUACAUAGAUCGUGCUUUGUUUCUUAAACUUCAAAGAUGCAGUGCAGGAAUUGUUUUAUAUAUUUUUUUAGCAUUAUACAUGCCAAGAAAUCUCAAAAACAACAGUUAAGAGUUUGUUAACACAUGCUGACCAUGAACACA